AUGCACAGCGCAGCAAUCUCCUGGCCAUUCCCACUCCAAGGCACACGCAGCAAGGGUGGCAAACACCGUGUCUUGGCCGCAUUUUUCGGACUGGAUCCAAACUUCCUUCAAAGUCUGCAACCACAACAACCGGCAAAGUGCAAGAAGAUCAUCAAUGAUGCGUACUUCUGUGCCAAGCCGCCAGACUACUCCUCGCAGCCGAAAUCGGAGCUGCAGCGCCCGGCCGCCCGCGCUUUCGCGGAGCAGGUCGGGCUGGUCGGGGAGUUCUCACAGCAGAGCACCUUCUACCUCAAGGAGGCGGCACAGCUGAUCGAUCGAGCGCACCAUCGACUCGAUGGGCUCCAGUACACCCUCGACAAGGCAGACAAG